AUGUUUUGCAACCUAAGAUCUAUAAGAAGGUUAUGUCUACAGAAGACAUUUCCACACUGGUUUCUUUACUCAAGAUCUUUAUCAGGAGCUGAAGCGGUCAAUGCCUUGAGGCCUUUCUAUUUUGCAGUGCAUCCAGAUUUCUUUGGACAACACCCCCGAGAAAGGGAAGUCAAUGAAAAUUCUCUUAAGAGAUUAAGUGUCUACUUAGAAAACCUCCAGAAACCAGACUUCAAGUCUUUGAAACCAACUCAGCUUACAUUUUAUGUCAGAGUAACAGAACAGAAUUCUUCUGAUGGCCAGGAGCCCUUUAGUACUUCCGGAUUUCGAGCUGUCAAAUUUACUUUGCACACCAGAGAUCUACAAAGCACAGUAUUAGAUAUUCUCAACUCCUGCAGUUUAUCUACUGAACACCUCCAGAGCUUGAAUACUCAUGUGCAUGUUCAACCUCUCAAGAAAGCUAAAAGGAUGCCUGACAGGCCCAUCAAAUGGGACAAGUCUUACUACUCCUUUACGGGAUUCAAGGACCCUAACGAAGAACUUGAGCACGUUUCGAAAAUGGAAACAACCCUUAUAUCCUGGUUAGAUAGUAAUGAAAAAAGUGCUCUUAAAAAGCUAAAGAAUAGUUUGCCGCUAAGAAAAGAACUAGAGCGACUCAAAGAUGAGUUAUCUCAACAACUGCAGCUCUCAGACAUCAGGUGGCAGAGGAGCUGGGGGAUCGCCCAUCGCUGUAGCCAACUGCAUAGUUUAGGCCGAUUAGCACAGCAGAACGUGGAAACACUUAAAACUGCAAAAGGAUGCACGCUAAUAUUUACAGACUGUUCUGGGAUGAGUGCCGGGGGUCAUGUGAUGCUGGGAACAAUGGACGUCCAUCAUCACUGGACAAAGCUUUUUGAAAGAUUGCCAAGUUAUUUUGACCUCCAAAGGCGGCUGAUGCUUUUAGAAGACCAAAUAAGCUAUCUUCUAGGUGGCAUCCAAGUUGUUUAUAUUGAAGAAUUACAGCCAGUAUUGACACUUGAGGAAUAUUAUUCUCUUCUUGAUGUCUUCUAUAAUAGGCUAUUAAAAAAUAGAAUGCCUUUUCAUCCUCGAAGCCUGCGUGGUUUACAAAUGAUCCUUAACAGUGACAGAUAUGCGCCAAGCUUGCAUGAACUUGGACAUUUUAACAUCCCAAUCCUCUGUGAUCUAGCAAGCUUCCAAUGGUUUAUUCUCGCCAAAGCCCAGCAAGCAAGAGAGAACAUGAAAAGAAAGGAAGAGUUAAAAGUUAUUGAAAAUGAACUGAUACAGGCUUCAACAAGGAAGUUUUCUCUGGAGAAGUUGUACAAGGAGCCCAGCGUUUCUAGUAAACAAAUGGUGGAUUGUUGUAGGAGAUUGCUAGAACAGUCCCUGCCUUACCUCCAUGGGAUGCAUGUCUGCGUUUCACAUUUUUACUCUGUUAUGCAAGAUGGAGACCUUUGUAUUCCUUGGAAUUGGAAGAAUGGAGAAGCCUCUAAGUAACAAAGAAAUCUGUAUUCUUUUUUAAAGAGAUAAAAAAAAAGAACUAUUAAGUUAAACUUAUUUAAAUCCACAAUUUGAUAUAACAGUAUUAUUAUACUUAUAAGAACAACAUUUCUAAUUGCUGCUUUAAAUGUAGACCUUUUUAAAGAAAUGUAUUUCUACUAGGA